UUCAUGGACACGUGACAUAGGUUUAUUGAAAUAAUUUAGUUAAAUUGUUCAAAUUUUUUUAAGUUUAGUGCAAACAAUACCAUAACAAAAUUUUAUAACAAUCGAACAAUUCUGAAAUUUGAUUACAGUCUUUCUCAACAUUUUUACAACAAUUGGAUAAAAGUGAAACUUGGUUAAUAUUUUAUGUAACUAUUUAAAAAAAAAAAAAAAGAUUCCACGCCAUUGAACAGGAAUUCUCGUAAACGUUACAAAAUUUAGACUGGUUAGUGUUUAGUGACAUUAUUUAGUAUUUAAGAAUAUAAUCAACUUUUUUUUUUUUCCUAUAAAGAUCCCUAAAACUCCAACCUUACACAAUCUUCCCUAGUGGAAUAGAGAAUCCAUAUCCUCCAUGAUGAUAUUGUUUGUCAUCUUUUUUAUGGAAUCAGGUUCCUAUACAUAAAAGAGAAAAUAACAAAGGGGGUUGAUUGAUCGAUCAAUUACUUCAUUAAAAUAACCAAAAAAUUCAUUAAAACCCUAAAUGGAGCAUGAAGGCACACGUAGGAGACAUGAAAGGCGAUCGGCAACUAAAAAGUUGUUGGCUAUAAGCUUGGGAGUUCUAGCUGUAGUGUCACCACUCUUUAUUGACAGGAAAUCACAGACUCUUGAAGAAUUGGAGCUUGAAGAUGAACCUUUAAUCAGUAUUUCCACUUAUGCCUUUCUAGUUUUGUUUGUUUUGAUAAUGGUUGUGGGGUUUUCGUGUUAUUUGGAUCAGAGUCUUACUAGGUUUGAUCCUUAUUGGAUAUAUAGAGUUGGAGGUUCUUCUGGUGGGAUCAUAGCGUUGCUACUAGUUCUUACUUUUGUUUUGAAGUGUAGGGAUUUUUAGGGUUAGAAUCUUUUUCUUUUUGAUAGCAUAUUAGUGUGUACCUUGUGAAACUCAACUGAUUUUGUUUGUCAAGCAACAUAUAAUAAUUAGCUUUUUGUAUGCCUAUCAAAACCAAAAAAAAAAGUAUGGUAUAUGUAUGAUUGGUGCAUAUUAUGAUAUUAUGAUGUUUGAUCA